CGGCAAGAGGCCUCGGCACCCGCGAACUCAUAAAUACCGGGGCGGCGCUGGUGGCGGGAGAGGCGCGUGCGGGCAGCCGGCGCCCCCGAGGCACCUGGAUAACCACCCGUCUUGAAGGAGACCUCCCUGCCCUCCUGCCUCUGUUGUCCCCCAGAGCACUGCCUGAUCAUCCUCUGUUCCCCAUCCUCCCAGCCCUUCCUGCUGUACCUGUGGGGAGCUGAUCUCCUCAGUCCCCCUGCUUUUCCCCUGUCUGCCAUCACCACCCCACCACCAUGCACCCCCUUCCUGGCUACUGGUCCUGUUACUGUCUACUCCUGCUAUUCUCCUUGAGAGUCCAGGGGUCCCUGGGGGCUCCCAGCGCUGCCCCAGAGCAAGUCCAUCUGUCUUACCCAGGUGAGCCAGGCUCCAUGACUGUAACUUGGACCACAUGGGUCCCAACCCGCUCUGAAGUGCAAUUCGGGUUGCAGCCGUCGGGGCCCCUACCCCUUCGCGCCCAGGGCACCUUCGUCCCCUUUGUGGACGGGGGCAUUCUCCGGCGGAAGCUCUACAUACACCGAGUCACGCUUCGCAAGCUGCUGCCGGGGGUUCAGUAUGUUUAUCGCUGUGGCAGUGCGCAGGGCUGGAGCCGUCGGUUCCGCUUCAGGGCCCUCAAGAAUGGGGCCCACUGGAGUCCCCGUCUGGCUGUGUUUGGGGACCUGGGGGCUGACAACCCGAAGGCCCUCCCGCGGCUGCGCAGGGACACCCAGCAGGGCAUGUAUGACGCCGUUCUCCAUGUGGGAGACUUUGCCUACAACCUGGAUCAGGACAACGCCCGUGUUGGGGAUAGGUUCAUGCGGCUCAUUGAACCCGUGGCUGCCAGCCUGCCGUACAUGACAUGCCCUGGGAAUCAUGAAGAACGCUACAACUUCUCUAACUACAAGGCUCGCUUCAGCAUGCCGGGGGAUAAUGAGGGCCUGUGGUACAGCUGGGAUCUGGGUCCCGCCCACAUCAUCUCCUUCUCCACCGAGGUCUAUUUCUUUCUCCAUUAUGGCCGCCACUUGGUACAGAGGCAGUUUCGCUGGCUGGAGAGCGACCUCCAGAAAGCCAAUAAGAACCGGGCAGCCCGGCCGUGGAUCAUCACUAUGGGGCACCGGCCCAUGUACUGCUCCAACGCAGAUCUGGACGACUGCACACGACAUGAAAGCAAGGUCCGCAAAGGCCUCCAAGGCAAGCUGUACGGGUUGGAGGAUCUUUUCUACAAAUAUGGAGUGGAUCUGCAGCUGUGGGCUCAUGAGCACUCGUAUGAACGACUGUGGCCAAUUUACAACUACCAGGUAUUUAACGGCAGCCGAGAGAUGCCCUACACCAACCCGCGAGGGCCUGUCCACAUCAUCACAGGAUCUGCUGGCUGUGAGGAGCGGCUGACGCCCUUUGCUGUCUUCCCGAGGCCCUGGAGUGCCGUGCGUGUGAAGGAGUACGGGUAUACGCGGCUGCACAUCCUCAACGGGACCCACAUCCACAUCCAGCAGGUGUCGGACGACCAGGAUGGGAAGAUCGUAGAUGAUGUCUGGGUGGUGAGACCCCUGUUUGGCCGGAGGAUGUACCUCUAGGGAUGGCGGCAGCUCUCCUCCAGAAGCCUAGGUUUUGCCGCCUUGGCUGCUGUGACCAGAAACUGCCCAGGCCUGGGUGGGGAGUUGGGUGGGCCCUGACUCCCCUGCCCUCCAGAGGCCCCAUGUAGGGUACAUGCAGCCCUAUGGAGCUGGGGCAGCUGUUCCCUCCUGGAGAGGUGGGAGUCCUGGCUGGCUGUGGAGGGAGGGCAGGUGUGCGGGCACAGAGUGACACACGGCAGGUUUCUGCUGGCAGGGCCCCACCCUCCUGCAUAGCUCUGAUCGGGCGAGGUGCCCACGGGGCUUCAGGAAUGAAGAGGCUUAAGCUCUGGCUCCAUGGAUUCUGCACAUCUGCGGGGGAUGCCCCUGGGCUUCCUCCUCUCCUGCCCACCUGGCAAGGGCAUCGCCAGGUGGGCACAACCAUCAUGACACUACUCACCAGCAGGUGGCGUCAGGGGCUUUUUCUUCUGAGCCCAGCACUGAGAGUUGGUCUGAAGCCUGGCUCCUUCUUCACUGCUCCAGGACUGCUACGAAGAGUCCCUUCAUGCCUCAGUUUCCCAGCCUGGCACCAUCUUAUCCGGGAAGAGGAGACGUGUUAACACUCUUGCCUCCUAGCUAGGACAGAUGACAAACCACAAGAGCCACAGACUUGCCAGUUCUUUCCCUCUUUCCUUCCUUUCUUUCCCUUUUAUUUAUUGAAUCAUAAUUUAUUGAGCAUCUACCAUGUGCCAGGCUCUGUUCUCAGUGCUGGAGAGACAGCUGUGAAUGAGACAGAGAUCUCGGCCCUCACAGAGCUGACAUCCUAACCAGAGAGUUGGACAAAAAUCACGAUAAAUGAGUUGGUUAAAUGGCAAUUUGUGAGUAGAAAACGCAGGGACGGUGAGAGAGCAGUUUCAAUUUUCAGGGGGAUCUCACUGAGAGGGCAACAUUUGAUCUGAAGGAGGUGGGGAAGGAGCCAAGUGGGCAGACAUCUGGGGAAAGAGCAUUCCAGGCAGAGGAACAGCCAGUGCAAAGGCCCUGAGACAGAAAUGUGCCUGGCCGGCUGGGUACAGUAACUCACAUCUGUAGUCCCAGCACUUUGGGAGGCCGAGGUGGGCGGAUCACUUAGCCCAGGAGUUUGAGACCAGCCUGGGCAACACAGUGAAACCCUUUCUCUACCAAAAAUAUGAAAUUUAGCUGGGCAUGGUGGUGUGUGCCUGUAGUCCCAGCUGCUCAGGAGGCUGAGGCGGGAGGAUGGCUUGAGCCCAGGAGGUUGAGGCUGCAGUGAGCCAUGAUCAUGCCACUGCACCCCAGCCUGGGCAACAGAGCAAGACCCUGUCUCAAAAAAUAUAUAUAAAUAAAAAAGUUUUAAAAAGAGAAAAAUAAAACAAAGAAACGUGCCUGCCCUGUUGGAGUGUCCAUGAGGAGGCCACUGUGGCUGGAGCAGGGAGAGUGAGAGGGAGACCAAGCUUGAGGACAGGGCAGUGGUGGGGAUGGCUUGUAUGGAGCUUUACAGGCCACGGUGAGGACUUUGGGUGGAGCCAGGGGAGGCCCUGAGCAGGUGAAGGAAGUGAUCGGACUCCACGAGUCACAGGCAAAGGCCCCAGGGCUGACAGCUGCCCCAGGGCCUGCGGGCUCCCAGCCCUGCCAGAUGACCUGAGAUCUAUCUAUUCCCCCAUCAUGGGGCGCGGUUUCUGCCUCCACAGAUUUUAUUCCCUCCCACCCACCCCUCACUUGGCCCAAGGCACGCAGGACUCCUUGCCGUUCCUGGAACACAGCCAGCUCUUUCUCACUGCGGGGCCUGGGCGCUGGCUGUCUGCCCCCUGUGUGCCCUCUCCCCAGCUCAUCCCAGGCUGGCACCUUCUCAACCUCAGGUCUCAGACUCGGUGUCCCCUCCUCAGAGGCCUUCCCUGCUGACCCUAGCCAAAGUAGCCUGUGUUGCUGCCUGCCCCACCCCCGUUUUACUUCGAUCUGCAAUUCUUUCCUUGAUUGGUUAACUUGUUCAUUGGCUGUUUACACCCGCAAAGCUAAGUCUGUGAGGGUGGUGACCAUGAGUUCAACGCCUCUGCCAAAUCCUCCCAGGCCCCUUCUUGGGCUGGAUUGGGGACUCUGGGCUCCCCGCUAGUUCCAGUCCUGCGCAUUCUAGGCCAUCACUGUUUGGGGAUGGGUCUCUCUGACUCCCCCACUGGACUUCAACCUCGGAGGGAUGGGGCCCAGAGCUGCGUCCCAGCAUUGCCCAGCACAAGAUAGAUACUUAAUAAAUAUUGAUUGCCUUAAUGAAGGCCACCACAUGCCAGGCUCCAGCCGGGCAAUGCCAGGGACAGCGAUGAAUCAGCUACAGUCAAGCCCUCUGGGAGCUCGCAGGCAGGCAGGGAAACACGGUUACUCAACACAGGUGAUGAGCAGUAAGAGAAUCCCGUGGCGGGCCGGGCCAAGACAGUGAGGUCACAAGCUGGACAGUCAUGGAGUGCUGUGGCCGCCGACUGAACUGGUGCCCUGUGUGGGUCUGGCAUGCCCUGUCCCGGGCUGGGUGAGGCUGUGGACAUGCCGGGAGGUGGCAACCUCCACAGAGGGCAGAGGUCAGACACUGGAGUCAAACAGAAACUGGUUCAAAUCCCAGCCCCACCAAUUCCUGUGUGACCAUGGGCAAGUCGGCAACCCUCUCUGAAUCUCUGUUUCUUCAUCUAUAACCCAAGAAUGAUAAUACUCUGUGAGGCUGCCUUGGGGUUAAAUGAGAUUGAAAGCCUUGGGAUCGAUAUUGAUUCCUCUUUUUCUCAUGCUCCACAUCCAAGUAUCUGGAAAAUCCUGUUUGCCUUGCCUUCAAAAUCGAUCUAGACUUUUUUUUUGACAUGGAGUUUCACUCUUCUCGCCCAGGCUGGAGUGCAGUGGUGUGAUCUCGGCUCACUGCAAACUCUGCCUCCUGGGUUCAAGCAAUUCUCCUGCCUCAGCCUCCCAAGUAGCUGGGAUUACAGGAGCGUGCCACCACGCCUGGCUAAUUUUUGUAUUUUUAGUAAACAUGGGGUUUCACCAUGUUGGCCAGGCUGGUCUCAAACUCAUGACUUCAGGUGAUCCACCUGCCUUGGUCUCUCAAAGUGCUAGAAUUACAGGUGUGAGCCACCGUGCCCAGCUCGAUCUAGACUCUCUACGCUUUUGGCACCCCCAAAGCCCCCACCCUGGUCCUGUCUACACUCAUUUCCUACAGACUCCUUGGACUUCCUGCUCCCUCCUUUUCCUGGGAGUCUGUUCCCCACACACAACCAAAGACACCUGUGAAUACCUGCAUCAGAUCACAUCCGCCCCUGCUCAGAGCCCUCCUGUGGCUCCGUCUCAGGUCCACGAGGCCCCAGACGAUCUGCCCCCGUCACCCCUCUGUCCUCACCCCCUCCAAUCACCCCCCUCGCCCACUCUGCUGCAGCCACACUGGCCUCUGCAUUGGACUCCCCACCCACUUUUGCACUGGCAGUUCCCUCUGCCGGGGACACUGUUCCCCCAGGGAUCUGUAUGACUCCCUUUAUCCCCCCCUCAGGCCUUUGCUCAGUGCCACCCUCUCUGACCCUCUUGUUUAAAACAGCUCCACCUAACCAGAGGUCAUCAGGUUCGGUGAAAUAAGCCAGGCACAGAAAGACAAACCUCACAUGGUCUCACUCAUUUGUGGGAGCUAAAAAUCAAAACAAUUGAUGUCAUGGACACGGCGAGUUAGAAGGAUGGUGACCAGAGGCUGGGAAGGGUGCUGGGAGGCUGCAGGGGAUGGGCUUUUUUUGUUUUUGUUUUUGUUUUUUGAGACGGAGUCUUGCUCUUUCGCCCAUGCUGGAAUGUAAUGGUGAGAUACCGGCUCACUGCAAACUCUGCCUCCUGGGUUCAAGCAAUUCUCCUGCCUCAGCCUCCUGAGUAUCUGGGAUUACAGGCACCCGCCACCACACCUGACUAAUUUUUAUAUUUUUAGCAGAGACAGGUUUUCACCAUGUUGGCCACGCUGGUCUCGAACUCCUGAUCUCAAAUGAUCCGCCCGCCUCGGCCUUCCAAAAUGCUGGGAUUACAGGCGUGAGCCACUGCACCCAGCCUCGGUUUUGUUAAUGGGCUAAAAAAAAAAGAAUGAAUAAGACCUACUAUUUGAUCACACAACAAGAUGACUAUUCUCAAUAAUAAAUUGUACAUUUUUAAAUAACCAAAAGAGUGUAAUUGGGUUGUAACACAAAGGAUAAAUACUUGAGGGGAUGGAUACCCCAUGCCUGUAUCAAAAUAUCUCAUGUACCCCAUAAAUACGUACACUUACUACGGACCCAACAAAAAUUAAAACCUAAGGCUGGGCACUGUGGCUUAUACCUGCAACCCCAGCACUUUGGGAGGCCGAGGUGGGAGGAUCACUUGAACUCAGGAGUUUGAGACCAGCCUGACCAACAUGGUGAAACUCCGUCUCUAGCAAAAAUACAAUUAGCUGGGCGUGGUGAUGUGCACCUGUGGUCCAGCUACUCAGGAGGCUGAGGUGGGAAAAUCGCUGGAGUCUGGGAAGUUGAGGCUGCAAUGAGCCAAGAUCGCACCAUUGCACGCCAGCCUGGAUGACAGAGUGAGAUCCUGUCUCAAAAAUAAAAAAAAAAUUAAAUAAAUUCUUUAAAAAGUAAUAAUUAAUAAUAAAAUAAAACAGCUUUACCCUCCAUACACCUCCCAUCUCCCUUCUCUGCUUUAUAUUCCUUCAAGACACUGAGGGCUGGGAGCGAUGGUUCAUGCCUAUAAUCCCAGCACUUUGGGAGGCCAAGGUGGGCGGGUCACCUGAGGUCAGGAGUUCAAGACCAACCGGAGGUCAUCGGGCUGGCCAACAUGGUGAAACCCCGUCUCUAGUAAAAAUACAAAUUUAGCUGGGUGUGGUCAUGCACACCUGUAAUCCCAGCUACUCGGGAAGCUGAGGCAGGAGAAUUGCUUGAACCUGGGAGGCAG